AAGCCGAGCACCGAGGGCUCCCCGGGCUCACACAAAGCCGCCGCCCGCGCCUGGGAGGAAUCCGGCCGCCGGGCCGGGGACACCCGGCGCCACCCCCUGGGCACUCUCAGAAGGCCCACCGGCUCCCGGGCCCGCCGAGGAACCACCGGAGCCGCUUCGGCCGCGCCGGAGGAGGGCGGGGAGAGGACCAUGUGAAUGGGCUCCGGAGCCUGAGCGCAGCGCAGUUUUUUGAAGAAGCAGGAUGCUGAUCUAGACCUGGAAAAAGACCAGUCCAGCAGCUGUAUUAGAAGACAUGUGGUAUAUAUAAAGUUUGUGAUCGUUGGGGGAAAUUUUGGAAUUUAGAUAAUGGGCUGUGUGCAAUGUAAGGAUAAAGAAGCAACAAAACUGACGGAGGAGAGGGAUGGCAGCCUGAACCAGAGCUCCGGGUACCGCUAUGGCACAGACCCCACUCCUCAGCACUACCCCAGCUUCGGCGUGACUUCCAUCCCAAACUACAACAACUUCCACGCAGCCGGGGGCCAAGGACUCACCGUCUUUGGGGGUGUGAACUCUUCGUCUCAUACUGGGACCUUGCGUACGAGAGGAGGAACAGGAGUGACUCUGUUUGUGGCCCUUUACGAUUAUGAAGCACGGACGGAAGAUGACCUGAGUUUUCACAAAGGAGAAAAAUUUCAAAUAUUGAACAGCUCGGAAGGAGAUUGGUGGGAAGCACGCUCCUUGACAACUGGAGAGACCGGUUACAUUCCCAGCAAUUAUGUGGCUCCAGUUGACUCCAUCCAGGCAGAAGAGUGGUACUUUGGAAAACUUGGCCGAAAAGAUGCUGAGCGACAGCUUUUGUCCUUUGGAAACCCAAGAGGUACCUUUCUCAUCCGUGAGAGUGAAACCACCAAAGGUGCCUAUUCACUUUCUAUCCGUGACUGGGAUGAUAUGAAAGGAGACCAUGUCAAACAUUAUAAAAUUCGCAAACUUGACAACGGUGGAUACUAUAUUACCACCCGGGCCCAGUUUGAAACACUUCAGCAGCUUGUACAACAUUACUCAGAGAGAGCCGCAGGCCUCUGCUGCCGCCUAGUAGUUCCCUGUCACAAAGGGAUGCCAAGGCUUACCGAUCUAUCUGUCAAAACCAAAGAUGUCUGGGAAAUCCCUCGAGAAUCCCUGCAGUUGAUCAAGAGACUGGGAAAUGGGCAGUUUGGGGAAGUAUGGAUGGGUACCUGGAAUGGAAACACAAAAGUAGCCAUAAAGACUCUUAAACCUGGCACGAUGUCCCCUGAAUCGUUCCUUGAGGAGGCACAGAUCAUGAAGAAGUUGAAGCAUGACAAACUGGUCCAGCUCUAUGCGGUGGUGUCCGAGGAGCCCAUCUACAUUGUCACCGAGUAUAUGAAUAAAGGAAGUUUACUCGAUUUCUUAAAAGAUGGAGAAGGAAGAGCUCUGAAGUUACCAAACCUUGUGGACAUGGCAGCACAGGUUGCUGCGGGAAUGGCGUAUAUUGAGCGCAUGAAUUAUAUCCACAGAGACCUGCGGUCAGCAAACAUUCUCGUGGGGAAUGGACUAAUUUGCAAGAUCGCCGACUUCGGAUUGGCCAGGUUGAUCGAGGACAAUGAGUACACAGCAAGACAAGGUGCAAAGUUCCCCAUUAAGUGGACAGCCCCCGAAGCAGCCCUGUACGGGAGGUUCACAAUCAAGUCUGACGUGUGGUCUUUUGGAAUCUUACUUACAGAGCUGGUCACCAAAGGAAGAGUUCCGUACCCAGAGGAAAUCAUCUUCGAGGGAUGGAGUACUUGAACUCACCCACCGUGGGCCCCCAGUCUUAAUUCUGAUAAUGGGGGAGGGGCCCCUGAGUCAGGUAUCUGCAUACAGCAGGUCCUGAGAAGGGCCUUUCACUCAGAAUCCUGUGAGGAUGGCAAAGGAGUUCGACAGGGGAGCCAAGUCCGCUUUAUUGCGCGUAGCUACACACCCUGAGCAACUGCUGACGUGCCGGGGGCUUUGACAGUCACCCUAAUUCUGCGAGGGCGGCCGAGAGAAGGGGCCACGACUGGGAAGCUUCACGGAGAAGAAGGCAUGUGGGGUUUCCCCCUCAAGUUGAGGAAGAGGGUCCCAGACAAGGACGGGCAUGUGGAAGGGCACCCACUCAAGGAGCCGCAGGCUUAGUCUGCGGAGGAGGCCGUGAGGCAGGGGUACCCGGACCAGCAGCUGGAAAGCCUGGCCAGAGCCCGUCAUGAGGGGCCUGGUGCUGCCACAGGGAGGCCUGGCCAGUCUGCAGUGGUGGCCGGGGGGCCAUGUCAGCGAGGGCGUGAUGGGAGCCACGGAAAGUUGUUCCCUGACCUGCCCCUCGCCGUGGAUGCUGCUUGUUUUUGUUCUUUAACACAGCUGUAAUCACAUUUAAUUGGACUUCUGAAUCUCACAGUAUACUCUUCUUGAGCGAUCCCUUUGACAGAGAGGGAUUCCAAUUAUAGGAUGAUGACCUUAAUGAAGAAGAACAACUGCUAAGGAACAGACAGUCAUUCAGUUUCACCCAGGGUCGCCAUGGGAGGAAGGUCCUUCCUGUCCGCGUUCUCGCCGGCUGUUGGUGCGACCGCGUGGGCAGUGUGUGCCGAGGGGCUGCUUCUCCGCUGCCCUGAGUCCUCGUGCCUGUGGACAGCACCCAGGACAGACUCCUAGUCCCCUUCCACCGUGAUUUCCAUCCUGACUUCUCAAUGCAGUUAUUUCUCAGUUGGCUAGAGUGUAUUUUCAAGUAAUUCUUGUUUCAAGAGCAGUAGGUGGAGAUACAUUUUUCUGAACUCUUUCAUUCCUGAGAGUGGCUUUCUGUCACCUUCACGCACAGGAAAGUUACUUCGGCUGGUGGUGAGGAUGGGGGUCAAGGGGGAAGGGAAAGUGACUUCCCCAUUGCCCCAUGGUGGGCUGUCAUCCUCUGGUGCAGUGACCCCCUUUCACAGAAUUUCCGGCUUCCGGUCUCUCCCCCCUUCCCCUCCCCCACCAUUCUAUCACUGUCACCACCAGAGUUAUCCUGGAAAACACAGACCCGCUUAUCCAACUCUACUAGUUAACAAGUCCAUGGCUUCCCCUUGCCUUCCAGAUAAACUCCAGAAGCCUUUGUUUGGCACAGUCCUUCAUACCUCUUCCCUUCAGUCAUUCCACAAAUAUUUAUUGAAUACCUACUAUAUGCCAGGUACUGUCUAGGCCCCAGGAGUGUAGCUGUGAACCAGAAGACAAAAACUGUCCUCCUGAACUUUUCAUUCCUUAGAGGAGACAGACAAUAAAACAAAUAAGCAAAAUGUAUUCAGCACUGGCUGGUGGUAAUGGGUAAGGACAAGAAUAAAACGGGGAAGGGGAUAGAGGGUAGCAAGGGAGGACCUGCCCAGGAAGAUGACAUCUGAGGAAGCAAGGCUCAGGGUCGAUACCUGGGGGAGGAGCCUCCCUUCAGAGGCAACCGGAGCACAGAGGCCCUGAAGAGCCGCCGCGAGGCCCGUGUGUCUAGGGCAGGGGGAGAAGGAUGGCCAAGAGGCCCCAGGCAGAUCAGUAGGGUCUUCCUAGCUCAUGGUUGGGACUUUUGCUUUUACUGUUAGUGAGAUGAGGAGUGACUGAUGGGUUUUGAGCGGGCGACAUGACCAGACGUGAUUUCUUGCUUGACGCUUGCCAACACUUCGCACCAAGAGAUGUCUCUCAAACACGCGAGUCUCUCUUCUCAGCUCCACUCCCUGCCUCCGAAUCCUUCAAAGCCCGGCCCAAACGCCCACCGCCUCCUUUGUGUAGCCUUCUCCAUGUCUCUUCCUGGGUUGCGCCUUCUGCUUGCUUCCAUGCCACUGGGGACACCUCUGCUGAAACCCUUGUCUUUUGUGUCUCUAUUUCCCAGUAGCUCUGAACUCUGAGAAGGGGGCUCCUUUUCUGUGUUCCGCAUGCCCAGCACAGUGUCUGCCCCAUAGUACACUCUCAGGAAGUCUAAGUGAAUGCAUGGAUGCAUGCAUGGAUGGAUAUAGGCAGGGGGAGAAAAGAUUAUG